AUGUCAACCUCUGGACUUAAAAUCCGGGACGUCACUCCGCAAAUCACAACUUUCACAGUCCCCUUCAACCGCUUUGCGCCCCUUGGCUACCGCAAAUUUGUCGCUGUCGGCAACCGCGCAACCGCUAUCCGACUAGAGGAUGAUCGUAUCCUCCUGCUAAACCCCAUCCAACUCGACCAAGCCGUGCAUGAAAAACUCAGCCAACUCGGAGGCGUCCAUCUCAUCGGCAGUGACCUUGGCCAUCACAUGUUCGUUAAAGAGUACACGGAUGCGUGGCCAGAAGCAAAAACUAUUGGCGUUCCUGGCCUGGAUAAGAAGAGAAAAGACGUAAAAUGGGACUACAUUUACAAAGACUGGACUUCGAGCCCGGAAGAUCAAUUCGACUUUGCGCAAGAUGUGGAGACUGUGCUUUUUGAAGGGUUUAUUACGUAUUGUGUGGCUUGGUACCACAAGCCAACGCAGACACUAAUACAAUCUGAUCUUUUGAUGAAUUUGCCGUGUACUGAGCAAUACCAUCCAAGCUCUUCGGAGCAAGGUCCACUCUCACGCGAAUUCGCAAAGAGAGCACAUCCCCAAUCCGUAUGGAUGAAGCAGCUUAUCUACUAUAUUGCUACAGUCGACUACGCUCUUAUGCGGCGUGAUGCGAAGAAAGUGGCUCAGUGGCAGAUCGCGCGUAUCAUUCCUUGUCAUGGAGAUAUUCUUGAAGGUGGUGGUAAUGAUGCCUGGAAUUCUGUGUAUGCAUGGUUUCUGCGUGGAUCGCCACAGUCUGGUGUAGUGAACAAGCUGAUGGUUCCGGUAAUGAAGCUUGCGAGGCGGGUGUUUCUCAUGUAG